CGGCGCGUUUCACUUUCAAAAAGUACGUCAGAGAAUAGCGCAUAGCGAGCGCAUGAGCUGCUAAACCUACUCGACUCGACGGAUUCGAAAGGCGCUUAAAACUUUUAACUCUGCGAGUUUAGUUUAGUUAGUAUUUCAGUCGGCUUGGGCAAGCGCACGACCGUGUGGUACCCAAGUAGCUGGUUAGAUAAACUGUGUUUGGUAUACACAGAUACACAUUUUAGUGACAGUUCCGAGUUCUUUCCGGGCGAUUGUUCGAAUCGAAUUUUUUCUCUGCGGCGGGAAAACGGAUCCGGCGCCGUUUCGACAAGUUUUCACGUCGCGCAGAAAAUAUGCGAAGAAACGAAAGUGAAGAGUGCGGGUGACGAUAUUUAAAAUUUAAAACAGAGUUUCGGUGAAAGUGGACCUGAGUGAAAGUUUGGCAAUUUCGGACCAUGGAUUCACCUCAAAUGUACGAUAAUAAUCAACAGCAUCAACAAAACAAUGCCGUAAUUAAUCAGGACGCUAAAAAAUCGGUUAUAAUGAACAAUAAUAACAACAACAACAACAACCUUACGACCCUCAACAACAACAACGGCAGCUCCAAGCAGACGCAGGCUCUUCUCAAGCAGCACCAAAUGCAACAAUACCAGCAACAUAGUGAAUUAAGUGACUUAAACACCCCCGAGAUAUCGUUGGACUUGCAAAAUCUAAUCGACGAUUCCCAAUUUAGUGAUGGCCUCUUCUCCGAAAUCCUGUCGAAUCAGGGGAAGCACAUGCCAAACAAUUUACAAAAUAGGCAGGUGAUGAACGUCCACAAUACCAGCUACCCCAGGACGACCCUCGCCUAUAUGCCGCAGCCCGUCCACAGCGGAGCCACCUAUUCCACCAACCAGAAUUCCAACAGCGAUUCCAACAGCUCGGUGGGCAGCGACGUGCCCAGCAUAAAGGAGGAACCCGUCGAUCCGCAGGAGUACCGAAGGCAGCCCUGCAAUCUCCUGCCGAACAACUACAUACCCGGCUCGUAUCCCCAAAAUCCGGGCGCUACCUUCACCACGCUGACUCCCAGUCCCGUCAUACAUCACCAGUUGAACAUGAACGCUAUGAAGAACAAAGCCAAUUUGCUCAACCAGCACAACAUAGCGAGGAAAACCAUAAAGCCUUGUGAUAAAAACAGCGAGGAGUACAGACGGCGACGGGAGAGGAACAACAUCGCCGUAAGGAAGAGCCGAGAGAAAGCCAAAGUACGGACGAGAGAAACCGAGGAGAAGGUCAAAAUUCUCAUCAAAGAAAACGAAAGGCUGCAAAAGAGGAUAGAAUUGCUUACCGAGGAGUUGAACGUGCUGAGGAGCCUCUUCUCCAACGUGGGCGUGCUGCCCGAGCACGUUCACAGGGAGAUCAACAAGCACCUGGACUCCUUCCAGCUGCAGCACCAGCAGCAACAGCAUAUGUCAGAGGACAAUAGGCAGAGGAUGAUGGAUAUAGUUCACGAUUAUGGACCAUAGUCUUCGGUAAUUUAUGUAGAAGGUGUAAUCCAAUUCUUUUUUAUAAAUAUUCCUAAAGCAAUUACUCAUUUUGAAAUGGUGUUCGACAAAAUGUAAUGUAAAAAAAUAAGUCUGAUUUUGAGAAUAUAUCGAUUUUAAAUUGCGCAAGUAACUACAAUCUAAAUGAGUACGUAUUACUUCUAGUCACAAUACCCUUGCUAUGAAAUAAAAAAAUUAUCACCGAUUGAAUAUUUAUAAUCAACGAUUGGGUUAGAUUUUUUUAAGUAUUUAUGUAUAGGUAGGCAAUGCGAUUUUUCGAAAGCUUUAAAUGCGAACAACAAAUAUUUCAAUGAAUUAUCCUUGAAAAGGUCCCAAAUUUUCCUGGAGAGUUGUUACUUGAAUCUUAAAGAUUCAAUAAUUUAGUGUAAUUUUUUUUUUGUUUUUCUUUGAUAAGAUCUCUUGCAAACUAAGGUGUUCUAAAAUUUAGUUACAUCGAUUACGCAGACAGGCCAAAAAGACAAUUUAAUUAACGAUACAACAAAAUAAAAAAAAAUAAAAUUCGUGUACUUAAAGCCCCACCAUGACCUUAAAACACCCAACUGGAAUUACUCCUGUCUUGGCUGCGUUUUCGCUAUUUAAUUUCGGACUUUUUUCGCCGGAUAUUUUGCGGGGAUGCGGCCGAUCUGACGCGUCUGACUUUCGAAAAUCGCUUCUCGCAAAAUAUUCGCUUUAAUAGCUUGUGACGGGUAUUAAAUUACAUUUAGAUUUACUGCGCACGUCCCGCUUUCCACUUCGCCCACUUUAUUUUCUCGCCUUGGACCCUUUAUUAUAUUAAUAAAUAGAAACGAAAUUGGGCGAUAUUUAAUGCGAUCAAUCGCAUUUCAUGUACUCUAAUUUAGUUCUGUUGGGAGAAUUUUUUUACAUGAAGUGGAAAGCCGGGAUAAAUAUCUUAUUCCGUUCGUUUUGUGAUCAAUAAACAAUUGUAUUUAAAAAUACAAAUAUAUAUUUUAUAAACCGAUGCGAUGAUUGUACCUUUUUUUUGAAUAGUUAUUUUAUUUAAGGGAUAUAUUUUUUUAUGAAAAAAAUAUAUCGUUGUUGUAUCUUAUAAUUUUAUUUGUAAUAUAUAUUUUUUAAGUUUAAAUUCUGUAAAUUUAUGUAUAGUGUACUUUUAAAUUUAAUAUAUUUCCAAAGAAGAGUUUUUUUUUGUAUAGAUGUUCUAUAGAAUGAUGUAAAUUUUAUACUACUUAAAAACGGUCUUGUUAU